UGUAUUCAUGCUGGGACUUGCCGAGCUAAAAGGUAAGUUAUGCUUUCAUAAAACUUAUUGUGAAAUAUAAUCACGAAACCAGGAAGUUAAACUGCAGUCGCCCUUCUCAAAUACGCCAAAAACCUCUGUUGUUUGACUAUGCUUUUCAUUUGAAGUGAGAUCGUUUGAUCUAACAUUCAGGCAUGGUUUCUCUUGCGUUGUCACUAGUAUAACAGUUUGUCCGCUGGAAAUGAAUAAUAUCUUUGAAACUAUAGCGUGAUCAAUCAGGAUAAACUCGGCCACUCUGUUUACAAAUUGCAAACAGUCCUGCUGCUUUUAGCUAUAUAUUGCUGCAUGCUAUGUUUAACAAUUUGUUUUUAAACGACGACCUUGUCCCAGUAGACUUUUAGGAGUAGCUAGAAGUAGAUAUCGCGUGCUAGGUCCUUGCCCUGUUAAUUUGUAACAUGGCAACGCAAAACACUUUCAGCUUAGAUUCCUAUUGCAUAUAGCCUACAGAUUAGUCUGUUGAUAUUUUAAUUUACUUUCGAAUUUUGUGUUUAGUAUCGGUGUCGAUGUAUUUUGUGUUUAUUGUGUUUAGUAUAGGAAUGACCACAAAGGUAUUCCAUUACGUUUUCUUUUAAGAUCGUGUAGUUUCACUUUCUCUUCACAUUCUUGGAUAUCUAUUUGAAUAUUUCGUCGAUAUCUAUUGGCAUACUUCGGUAUCAAAUACAGGGACCGCAGAGCCUGUUAAAAGUGUGUGUGUGUGUGUGGGGGGGGGGGGCAGGAUAAGACGGGAGCUAUUCCACGCAGGCAGGCUUGAUUUUAUCCGGUAACUUUUUAUUAUCCACCGAAAAAGUGGGGGACCAUGGCCCACCUGUCCCCCUGUUCCGCGGUCCCUGAGAUACAUGUAUGAGUUCUGCACUCUGUAGACUAUAUAUAGCAAUUAUUGCUAAAGACACAACAGAUUUGCAGUAACUACAGCAUACAUGGAUAGAAAGUUUAUGUAGUGUGUCGUAAAAAGAAAUUUCCAGGAUCGACGCUAACAAUAAUUAUAUUUAUGAGCUUCAUUUUAAGCAAGAAUGUAUUUUAACCGGCGCGUAUUUUCUGUGGAAACGUAUACAUAUCUUACAAAUAUCUGUAAUUUGAUAAACAUACCAAGCGUGCGUUUUGCUCAAAAUUUACCUAUUUCAGGAGUACGAAAAACGUUUGUUACCGACAGCGUUCCCACCGAAAGACUGCCGGAAAGAAGCUAUGCAUUACCCAAACGCGAGCGCCGAAAACUCGUGCGAAAUGCGCUUGAAAUUUCCCAUGAAUUCCGGUGCAAGACACGGCGUUGACUUCAAAAGUGCAGUCUAUCAAGGAACUGUAACAUUUAACUUGCUAGCCGAGUACAUUUGUUUUGGUACUUUAAGAUACAAAAUUUAGAACAUGCACAUUUUUUUAUUCCAUAUUGCAUAAAUAUGCUCAGCCUCAGUGCAUGGGCAGGCUAUAUAUUGCUUUGGCUGGAUAUACAAAAUACCUGUACUUAUACCUGUCAUAUAAUUUUCAGCCAUAUACUGUAGAUAUUAGGGUUACAAUACUAUGUGGCGAACAUUGAUGUGGUCAAAGAUAUUUCAAAUGUUCCUUCUUUGAUACACAUGUGACAUAGCAUCUGAAUGAUCUGUCGUAUAACUGAUACAACAAGACUGCAUGCAUGCAGGCAAAAAAUUCUUGAUCUUGUACAAUGUCAGGUCGAUUCAGAUACAAUUAUGAUAGGCUAUAUUGCAAAGGUUUCAAAGGUUUAUUAUAUGUCAAUUAUUGACAAAUCUAGCAAAGAAUGAACAGAUUGAACAGUCAUUUACAUUACAGGGUUAUAUAUCAUCACAGUGAUAUCAUAAGUUGAAAAAUUUACAUAUAGGCAAUAACCCGUAAAAAUCUUCUAACAUUUUGUCCUGAUUUUUCAUGAGGAAAGAUUUGUUCUUACUUGACGAGACUUUCUUGAGAGCAGAGUUUAUAUCAGGUCCGAAUAAGUCUUCUUUUAUUAGCUUUGUUUUAAUGUCGAUGACAAUAGAAGCUAGAUUCUCUUUCGAAAGACGCGUUUCCUGUUCGGCAGAUUUUGUUGUGCUCGAAGGUAUUAAAUGAACAGCAUCACGAUGCUGCGCGAGUUUGUGUGUUUCGUCAAGCUAGCCUCCCGUUUUGACUUGCAGAUGUUCGUGUAUUGGGGGCAGGGAAACAAUCUUUUACCCUCAUUUUCACUUAUAGCCUCGACAAAUUCAGCGUCGUCUUCGUCGCUUUCCGUAUCAACAACAGAAACAUCGAGGUUAUAUAAUACAUAGUCGAUUGAGUCACUUGGUUUCGAACUCCACGUCUUCAACAACAAUUUCUGGCUCGCAUAACUCCACAUCUCCCUCGUUAGCCAUGUCAUAGUCUUGUUCACGUUCCAUUUCAUUGUCUUUCGUGGCAUUUGAGCCACAAGUUAGGAAAUUAUAUAGGAUUUCAUACAACGCUAUUGUAAUUUGACAGUGUAAAUUAUAGUAUCGCCAUUUGCACGAUGCACUAUAUUGGUCAUGUGACUAUAAUUUUGGCUGUGGAUCGACAUCAUUUUCCGCUCCCUUUGAAGUUUGCCGGCUAGCAUAACCAGUCUCCUUCUAUUAACUGUGUUCAACAAAGAGCCUGAGAAUAUAAUAUUAUUUCUAGACUCCUUCGAUAAUGACCGAUAAUGUAACCGCUUCGGCCUUCAAUGUAAACAAUGACGUCACCGGUGGAUUUUUCCACCGGUGAUAUUUGGCGCGCUGCAAGUGACAAAAGUCCUUUCCACAGAGGAAGUGAAGCGCGCCAUAGAAGGGCCUGGAAAGGACUUUGGAAAGUCUAUAACAUACCUAACAUAUAUAAAUGUUGGGAAAUUGAUAAUUUUGUAAUUAAAAGUGAUCUUUUUAGGCGAUUUUCCAUUUGUAAAAAUAUUCUCAAAAAAUUAUAGUGUUACCAUGACAACUACUUUGGAUAUUUCAUGUUCGGAAAGAUGACAAUGGAUUUGUCAGCAAGGCGAGGGUUUCUGCAUGCAUGUAUUUUCUAGUUUUAGUUUAGGUUUCCUCCUAGGAUAUAUACUAUGAGAAAUAGUAUUACUAAAAAGUAACAUACUUGGUAAAACUUUUCUGCCUUUUGUUUUGGCUGAAAGUGCAGGCUACGCGUGUAAUACUCGGUAUUGUUUUAUAGUCAUGAAAUUGUGUUUACCCAGCUAAUGACGUCAGAUAAUGUAUGUUGUAGCAUAACGGUGAUUGUUGAACCUUUUAUUAAUUUUUUUCAACCGAACUAAACGCAAAAAACCGGCCAAAAUAUAAAAUUAAGUAUUCCGUAAGUAUACCUAAUAGAUAUAAGCAAUAAAAAUUUUGGUUGCCAAUGUCCUUUAAAGUGUUCUUUAUGAAAACUAAACUGCGUUUAUCGAUAAACUUUGAGUUUGAAAUAAAAUGAUUUUAAAUUCUCGCAUGCAAAUAACUUUGCUUUCUUUUUUAAUUAAGAAUUUUAAGAUAAUAAAGACGGGUAAUCAAUAAAGAUACACUGAAAUUAUAUGCUCUCUUUUUUCAUUUAAAAUAUACGCAUCGAUCAGCUUUUGAAAGAAGUAGCGUAUAUAAAGCAAACAAAGCAUCAACAUUUAUAUUAAAGACCUUUAAUUAAUUUACUCUUUCGCAUCUCCUUGCCGACACGCGGUUUCACAUUACAUUACGAGUCAAUAUUUCUAAUGUAAAUAUCUCGGCGGGUAUUUACCCCCCUUUAAAACAAAACCCACCAUUGAGAUCAUCACAAAAUAACCUUUCGAACGGGGGGUCAAGUGCCGUCAAGACAUUACACAAACCGAAACAAUCAUAGUUUGUACUCACCGCUUGGCAAAACAUUCUGUAUUGGAUAUCGAGAAAAAGUUGAAUAUUUUCUAAACUUUUUGUCAUUUUCUAAAAGGCUAUAUGAGUAAAACACUCUUUGUAUUCAAGCGCUUUCGUGUAGAAAGUUUCGUAUGAAUACGGCCAGUAGAAAUAUUUAUUUUGAAUUUUGAAUUUUUCAAAAUAUCGGCUGAUAUCGGGUUUUUACUCGCACUCGCGUACAUUGCGCAAUAAUUGGCCAAUAAGAAGCUCCUGUGGCCGGGAUGACGUCAAACUCACGCGUGUAGGUGCAAUUUGACCUUCCGAAUCCAUUUCUGGCCUUUGCAGGGUCAUACGAUACAAACGUCGCAUUGUUUUGACGGUUUUCGGUCGUAUUUCCGGUUGGGAUUAACUCACUUCGAACUCCCAGUCGGACAAGAAAUGGAAAUAUAUUGAUAAAAGAUACAAAUUUGAAGAUACAGGCUUACAAAUAACACUGUAGAUAGUGUUUUUGAUGGGGAUUCUAACAAGAAUACUACAAAGACGAUAUGUUCGAAGGGGCCGAAGUUAUUUUCGGCGAAAGGUAUGGCUAGUCGAUAUUUUUGUUCAGACAAUUGCGUAAUUUGAUACAAUAUGAUCGUGUUUGACUUUCAAAGGCCCAUAAAUCGCUACAAUGUUGAUAAUGACCAUAACUAUAGGGAGGAAUUAGUUGAAUCUUUUAUUUCUGAAUCGAAUGGUGGUAUUUUUGUCUUCAUAGCAUGCACUGAACCGAAGAUAUGAAAUUUCUUAGCCGUCGAUCUCUCGAGAUCGACGGGACUGGGACGCGAUGCAUAAGAGUUUUAAGGUAAAAAGUAUGACUGAUCUUCCCAUUGUGGCAAAAAGUAACACUGAUCUAUCCAUUGUGGUAGAGCACAAUAGGCAAUUCCGGCUUUUAAUUUAUGUGCGCAGGGGCUGACGGGAAGUAAGUUAUCGUAUUGCUAAUUAUGCUGAAAAAGUUCAAUAAAAACUGCCGAAACAACCAAAAUAUUUCAAUGUUUACAAAUAUAAGCUAUCAGUACGUGUUUACACGGCCACCACUUUUAGUAAAUU